CAGUGAAUUGGACGAUUGGGCCAGAGGACGAGUACAGAUUGAUAUGGCUGGAAAACAAGGAAACCCUAACUCAGCCCAGAGUCCAGAGCCUCAUCCGCAACUCAAUUAUCACAUUUAUCCUUAUUUGAACGGCCCAACCCCCAAACCCUUAGGGCAAAAGCGUAAACCCAACACAUUUCCACCAAAUAAAUAUCCCAAAUCCCAGCUUCAGUCAAUCUUCUGUGAGCCGCCGAAACCCUAGGUGAGCGAGAGAGAGGCGCAGAGAGAGAGAGAGAGAAAUGACGACCCGAUUCAAGAAGAACCGCAAGAAGAGAGGCCACGUCAGCGCCGGGCAUGGUCGUAUCGGCAAGCACCGCAAGCAUCCUGGAGGUCGCGGUAACGCCGGAGGCAUGCACCACCACCGCAUCCUCUUCGACAAGUACCAUCCGGGGUAUUUUGGUAAAGUUGGUAUGCGCUACUUCCACAAGCUCCGCAACAAGUUCUACUGCCCCAUCGUCAACGUCGACAAGCUCUGGUCUCUCCUCCCCCAGGAGGCCAAGGAUAAGGCCACCAAGGACAGCGCGCCGUUGAUCGACGUCACCCAGUACGGCUUCUUCAAGGUCUUGGGAAAGGGCGCUUUGCCGCAGAACCAGCCCGUUGUGGUCAAGGCCAAGCUCAUCUCCAAGACAGCUGAGAAGAAGAUCAAGGAAGCUGGUGGUGCUGUUGUGCUCACAGCUUAGGUUUGGGUUGAUUUUGGAUUUUUGUCCGUUAGGGUUUUGGAUUCAGUUGCUGUUUUUUUGCUUUUAAAUUCUGGUUUAGACUCUUGGGCUACAUUUAUGUUAUAUUUUGAAAGUUUAUCUAGCGGAUAUUUAAUUAAUGCUUGUUUUCAGAUGAAUGGGCUUUGCUUCA